AUGAGCGCCCCCGAACCGCGAGAUGCCGGCGGUGUCUCGUCUUCUGUCGCAUUUGCUCUCAAGAACCAGCGGCCGAAAUUAAGCUUCACGGGAUGUUCCAGGAUCACCGACUAUGAGAUACUGGGCAAGCUCGGCGAGGGCACCUUUGGAGAGGUCCAUCGCGCGAAGUCGAAGAAGACGGGUGCUGUGGUUGCGCUGAAAAAGAUCAUCAUGCACAACGAGAAGGACGGAUUCCCGAUAACGGCCCUGCGUGAGAUUAAGCUGCUCAAGCUUCUCUCCCACAAGAACGUCUUGCAACUGGAAGACAUGGCUGUCGAGCAUCCUGUUAGAGCCACCGAUAAACGCAAGCGUCCCAUCAUGUACAUGGUGACACCGUACAUGGACCAUGAUUUAUCGGGACUGCUCGACAACCCCAAUGUCCAUUUCACGGAGCCUCAGAUCAAGUGCUAUAUGCUUCAGCUGCUGGAAGGCCUGAGGUACCUCCACACGAAUCACAUCCUCCACAGAGAUAUGAAGGCGGCCAAUCUUUUGAUAAAUAACAAGGGCAUUCUGCAGAUUGCCGAUUUCGGACUCGCGAGGCACUAUGAGGGAGACGUUCCUAGACCAGGAAGGGGAGGAGGUGAGGCGCGGCGCGAUUAUACGAGCCUCGUGGUGACGCGAUGGUAUCGGCCGCCCGAGCUAUUGUUGAAUCUAAGGCGCUACACUACAUCCAUUGACUUGUGGGGCGUCGGGUGCGUGUUUGGAGAGAUGCUGGUUGGCAAGCCGGUUCUGGCUGGCGAAAGCGACGUAAACCAGCUCGAGAUCAUCUUUGAUCUCUGCGGGACGCCCACAGAAGACACAAUGCCCGGUUGGCGAGGAUUGCCAGGCGCCGAGGGCCUGCAACCUCGCCCAAGACCAGGUAACCUCGCACAGAGAUUUAGAGAAUAUGGAUCGGGGGCCAUAUCGCUACUGAAGGAGCUUCUCAAGCUUGAUUGGAGAACGCGCAUCAAUGCUAUCGAUGCGCUUCAGCACCCCUAUUUCCGAAAUGCGCCAUUCCCAGCGCAUCCAGGCGACAUUCCCACGUUCGAGGAUAGUCACGAGCUUGAUCGUAGGAAGUUCCAGGAUCGGAGAGCCGCUCUACCACCUGCGCCGAAAGGAGGUGAGGUGGGCCGUGGCGCUCUGGAGGGCGGCACGGGGCACAAUGCUGGAUUUCACAAUGCCGACGGCUACGGCUCUAGGAAUGGCCUUAAUGGUAGUCGUUACCCGCGAAGUAGGCCGUCCGGGCCACCUGACGAGCGCGUACCUGCUUGGCAUAGGGAGCGAGGACUGCCGCCGCGACCCCCGCCGCCUGUUGACCAUUCUAAUGGCUGGGAUGCGGCUAGCGACCACACGGACAGCUAUCGGGAUAGGGACCGCGCGCCCAGGCCACGCCCUGUAGGAGGGAGUCGCCCCGACGUCGACACCUACAUUCCCGCCUAUAACGCCCAUGAUCGCGACGCUUCACAUCCUAGGAGAGACGAGAGGCGUCGUCGGGAUGACUGGGAUGACACGAGACGGCACGAUUGGGAUCGGAGACGAGUGGAUUACGAAGACAGGUCCCGGGCCAGCAGGACGAGAAGCCGAAGCCGAUCACCAAUCCGGGACCGAGAUCGCGACCGGGAUCGCGAGCGUGACGUCUACCGCAGGUAG